AUGGCUGCCGGUGCUGCUGCUAACGCUGCUAAGAAAUCCUUCUGGAGUAUUUGGUACAAGCAUGAAGUUGUUCCUAUCUUCGUUACCGUUGGUGGUGCCUGUGGUCUUGCUGGUUACUAUCUCACCCGUCUCGCUAGAGGUCCUGAAGUUGUUUGGGAUCGUACCAACAACCCUUACCCCUGGCAAAACAUUGAUCAAGAUACUCAAGUCAAGUUCAUGACUGUCAACCAAAAGUUCGACAAGAAGUACUCUCGUGAUAGAUUAUAA